AAAAAACAAACUGUCAAACAUCCAUCCGAGAAUUCCGAGAUAACCUUAAAAGUGGACCGUCGUAUCUCGGUUUCUCGAAUAAAAUAAACAAAAUGCAUUUACUCAGGGUUCACAGGACAUUUCCGAAACUUAAAAGUUUAAUUAGAAGUCAGUCUACACAAACUGCUGCUCUGAACCAAGAUGAGUACACCGAGACGCCUGAAUAUCCUCCGAUUUUGGAUUUGUCUCUACAGGCGAGGAAAUUACGUGAACGACAGGCUGUGCACCAGAAGAUUCAGAAGAUAAAUACUGUAGAAGAGAAACAAAUAGGGUUGAAUAUGCCACGAUACUAUGGCUUCAAAUGUGUGAUGUUUACUGAUGAUAGAGUGCCUUAUAACGCUAUGCCGAUGGUUCAAUGUUACACGAGAACACAUUUCAAACCAACAGAAAAGCUCCCUGACAUUUAUAAUGAAACGGAACAGCUCGCCGACCAGGCUGUGAAAGAAAUAAAGUCGCAAAUUGAGGAUGCUAUUGCACUUGAACUAGAAGCCUUUGAUUAUAAAUAUAUGACAGAUAUACCCGAAGAGGCUCAGAGAGAGAAUGCCAUUGCCAAACGCAUUGUGAAGCAAAUCAACCGGAUUGUCUCCAACAACUUGGCAGACAAAGUCUCACAUGUACUUUCUGCUCAGGUGGACUACGAUCCUCGUCACGAAGCAUUCUGGUUUGUGGGCGGUACUGAUGUCCCACGUAAUGUGUAUCAGUGGAGGAAGAAAUACCCAUUCCUGAAAGACCGAAUUGAUGAGCCCGUUGACAGACCUGUGCAGUACAAAGGGUCACCUAUUAUCGCUGUUAGGAGUCAUUUGCCACUCAAGCCAAUUUUACCAUACAGUGAAGCUGAGAACCCAGAGUUUAAGGUGCCCAAAUUCACAUACCAACCAGAGAUGGUUGGGUACAAAAUCGAACACAGGCAUGGAACUAAUAUUCCAGGUUUUUGGCCUGGAGACCAUGAUGAGUUUGGGCUAUUGUCGGUCCAAGGUCGUGGCUACAUGUUGGUUAGAAACAAAUCAUUUGGGGCUCAAGAUGAAUUGGAAGCACUCCAUUGCCAGGCCAUGAAGUCUAGUUUUGGAUGGCUAUGUGCUCAGGCCAACUACCAAGGUUUCACUACUUAUAACGACCUCACAUAUCCAUUAGCAACGCAAACAGUCAUCACUAACGGUCAGGAGUGGUCCUUCUAUGCAUACCAACUAAACACAAUCACUAUGCAUAAUGAACAAAUGGAUGAAAACCCCAAACACAACAUCUGUUUUGGAACAAAACCUCAACAAUUAUAUGAAACAGUAGAAAAUGGAAAAGUAAAGGGAUUAAAUGAAAAUGUCCUCAAGACAUUGGUACAGUUCUAUUUGAAUACUCCUGAAGAAAGGGAACACGAUAUGAAACCAUAUUUAGGAAAAGAGGAACAAGUAGUAGCAGAUAUUGAAGAUGAUAAGAAGCGCUGCUGGUUAGAAGACCGGUACAAGCAUAUUAUGGCUAACAGACCGCGGCAUUUACUUCCACCAGAGACAUUCUUAUGGGAGAAGAUUUAUAAGAUACAGCAUAAUACAAGAUUCUUCGAGAAAAAGAGACAACCGUGGGAGUAUGGCAUCAAUCCGUACAAGAGACGUCUGGACGAGCAUCUGCCGCCGUAUAUACCGAAGGUCGUGCGACCGUACCCAAGGAGUAAGAAGAAGUUUGAAACCACAUACUAUCCCGACGUCUAAAGUUUCCGUUUGGCUAAAUUAAUUGUAAAUGUAGCAUAGUAAAUUAAAAUAAAUAGCUUUAUUACAAGAAA